GUGACUGUGUACUUAAUUUAAAAUUCAAAAUGCCGAAAUCAAAGCGACGAAAGCAGAGAGUCGCUGAAGCUUCUCGUCACUUACAAAAGGCAAGGAAGAAAUUAGAAAAAGAGGCCAAGAAGGAAAACAAUAUUUCUGACGAUGCUACACCUAAAGAUAGUGAAAUCUCUGCUGAGGAAGUCUCUAUUAAAUCCAAAGACUGUACCCCACCUCUUGAUGAUGAAACCACUGUGGAUGAGUCGGUGGAUGAGUCUCUUGCUGACACUGACGAGGGGAAUAAUGGCUGGCUCGGCUAUACUUUAGAUGGUUUUUACACUGGAUUGGCUAAGAGAGUAGAGGUUGCCAAAGAUGUUAUUUUUCCAUCUAGAGUUUUAAAACGGGAAUUAGAAGAUGCUCAGAGACGUUUAAAAGAGAUGGAGACGGAACUGAUUGCUAUGAAAGCUACAGGAAGCGGCCAAUCUGAAGGCACAUCUGCAGUACAAGAAGUACCUGCAGCUCCCCCUCCUCCCCCUCCUCCUCCUCCUCCUCCUCCUCCUCCUCCUCCUCCCCCUCCAUCAUUUUCUACUAUGCCCAAACUUAUUAUAACUAGGAAAAGAAAAGCUCUUAGUACUAACAAUGUGAAUAAUGAUAAAUUUGUGGUGUCAUUAGCUGAUCUAAAAAGUGUCAAACUGAGCAAGACAUCAAGAAAGAGUAACCCACCAAAGAGCUGCACUCCUCAAAUGGAAUUCAAGAAGAAGCUACGAUCUGUUAAGGGCGAUCGUAGCCCAGGUGGUACAGUGAUACGUAGUAACAAGAGAAGAGAAUCAACUGCUGAAGGUCUGACACCAAUGAUUGCACAAGCAUUGAGAAAAAAAUUUGAGGCUGCGUACCCUUUGUCUCCUGAAAAUUCAACUAGUUCUGCUCAUAAUUCACCUCCUCCUCCAUCAGGACAAACCAGAGGUCCUCCUUCACCACCCCAGCAGUCUCUUGAAAAAGAACUCUCUCAUUCUCACGUUACAACUCCAUCUGUUUGUGAUAUACGAAAUAUUUAAUAUUUUAUGUUAUUUUUAAGAUAAUUUAAUUAUCAUAAUAA